GCAGGAGGCAGCGACGUUGCACGGCCCCAACAAGGUAGUGGCCCUAAAGGACGACCGCCGCCGCGCACGGGAUGCCUGCAUUGUAAGGGAGAACAUUGGCUGCGGGAUUGCCCGUCCAAGAAUUGGAAGGUGAAGAGAGCGGUCGUUGGUAAGCAGCAGAAAUGUGGGGGUGGAGCAGAAGAAGGCGCAUCUCCAGCAAAAGGCAGUGAUGACGAGGAGUAUACAGUCCUUAUUAACGGAGCUGUGGAGAUAUCGAUGUGUCCAGACACGGGAGCAGACAAGUGCAUUCUCCCGGCGGAUGCAGUGAACCAGGUGCGGGCGAUGGGCCGCACACUUACGACUACACGCCUACUCGAACCUGAACCAGUAGAAGGAGUCGGCGGCAAUGUCACAUUUUGUCAUGAAGCAGCGCAGAUUGACGUGCAGAUCCGCACGUCUGCAGGGCCAGUGAAUCUCUACAAGCUCGACUGUCUGGUGGUGGAAGGUGAAAAACAAUUCCUUCUGAGCCGAAAAGUGAUGAAACGACUGGGCAUUGACGUGAAGCGCGCGUUCGAGCAGCUCGCA